AUGGCUCCAAGCUGGACACGGUCCAGAUGUUCCCUAGUGGGCAGAGGGCUUCUCCUCCUCGGACUGGGCCUCCCUUUCCUGCUGCCCUGCACACACUGCAGCCCCCAGCCUUCCUGGGGCUACAGCACCUAUGAGGUAGUCAUUCCAAGGAAGCUUGGCCCCAAGGCGGGGAAAGCCAGCCAGGACGCCGUGUCCUAUAUCAUCAGCAUUCAGGGGGUGAAUUACACGAUUCACCUCAGGCCGAAGGACUUUGUGAUAAAAAACUUGCCCGUGUUCACUCGUGACUCCCAAGGGGAAAUCGUGGCCCAGCAGCCGCACGUGCCAGCAGACUGCUAUUACCACGGCUACGUGGAAGGCCUCCGGGACUCCGCAGUGACCCUGACUACCUGCUCCGGGCUCAGAGGACUGCUGCAGAUUGGAAACUCGAGCUACAGCAUCGAGCCCCUGGCAGCUUCCACCAUGGCUGAGCAUCUUCUGUUGCAGAGAGAGGAGACGGUUCCGGGAACGGUGAUGUACAAAAUGCCCAAGGAAGGUGAGCGAUUUCCAGAUUCCGGUAGAGCAGCGGGGCAGUUCCGGCCCCGCGGGCACACACGGUAUUUGGAGCUCCUUGUCGUGGUGGACAAGGAAGGGUUUGACACCUUUGGCAGAAGCAUGACUAAAGUGACACUGGAGGUGAUGGAAAUAAUCAAUCUGGUGGACGGGCUGUUUUAUUCUUUCCACCUUCGUGUUUUGAUAACUGCACUAGAGGUUUGGGUGGAGAAGAACCUUAUCAGCGUUACCCCAAACAUAACCGAGGUCCUUCAUCAUUUUAAUCUCUGGCGGGAGCAGCGAAGCCUCAUGCGCGCCAGGCACGACGUGGGGUGUCUGUUUGCCUCCAUGGACUUUACCCACGGCACAAGAGCACUGCACGUGGGUGGCAAAUCCGACUUUGCCAGCGCUUGCUCUAGCAAACCUGCCUCUGCUGUCGUAUUGUUUGCAAAACAGCCCUACGUGGACACCGCUGUCCACCUCGCCCGUGCGCUGGGGCACGUCCUUGGCAUGGAGCACGAUGACAGGUUCUGCAGGUGCGGAAACACCGCUAAGUGCAUCAUGAGCACACAGGGCACAGUGAACUAUCAAUUCAGCAACUGCAGCAAAAAGAACUACUUGGAUUUUAUAGCCUCAGGGCAGGGAUUCUGCCUUAAUAACGCCCCAGAACUGGUAACGCCGUUUGCACUGCAGCACUGCGGGAACGGCGUCCUGGAGGAUGGGGAAGAGUGCGACUGCGGCUCAGAAGCACAAUGUAAAUUGGACCUUUGUUGUGACAAUACCUGUCAAAAAAGAGGAGGAGCCAUUUGCGCUUCUGGAGGCUGCUGUAAGAAUUGCAAGCUCCUUCCAGAAGGAGAAGUGUGCAGGAGGAGCACCGACCUGUGUGACCUGCCCGAAUAUUGCAACGGGACGUCUGAGCACUGCCCGGGAGACGUGGCCAAGCAAGAUGGGACUGUGUGCGCCGAGGACGGGUACUGUUACUCAGGCAAAUGCCGAUCGCCCACGCUGCAGUGCGUGAGUAUCUUUGGCAAGGAAGCAAAGCCUGCUCCGCUCCCCUGUUUCCAGGAGGUGAACACGAAAGGGGAUCGGUUUGGCCAUUGCUGGGGAGAUGGGGCAGACAUCAACUUUCAGAAAUGCGAGCCAGACAGCGUCCUGUGCGGGAGGGUGCAGUGCACGAACGUGGGACGUCUCCCGCAGCUGGACGAUCACACCACCAUCAUCCAGACGCCGGUGGGUGACAGCUGGUGUUGGGGCACAGACUACCACUUGGGCGCGGACGUUCUGGACCCUGGCGCCGUUAAGGAUGGCACGCGGUGCGGGGAGAAGAAGAUCUGCGUUAAUCGGACGUGUGUUUCCCAGGAGAAGUACUUGCCAUCCCGCUGUUCUGCCAAGAGAACGUGCGGAGGAAAGGGCAUCUGCAACACGAGAGGAAACUGCCACUGUGACAACGGCUGGGCACCUCCCUACUGCCAGUUCACUGGCUUUGGGGGAAGCAUUGACAGCGGGCCUGCACCGGUCACUAAAAAGGGGCUUUUGGGGUUCAUCAUCGUGACUAAUGUAAUAACUGCUGCUGUUCUGGCGCUCACAGCACUUAUCAUUGUGCAGGUGAGCAAGCUCAGAGUAACCCGAGCAGUGACCAGACUCAUCGGCUGCUUUGGAGCUAGAGAACGGCCUCCCGAGGAACACGCGAAGGACCAGGCGGAAGAAGACGGCUCAAAACCAGCUGAGGAUCAAAGCUCCCCUCUGUAG